UGUGUAUAGAAGGGAGAUUCCUGGACAUGGCUUGCUCUGGAUCCCUCCGGGCCCCAAGACCCCGUCGCUCCUCAGCACUGCGCAGACGAAGCUGCAGAGAGAAGACCGCGGGACUCCACCUAGUUCAGCGUCCCAACAGCCGCGACCUGCUGAGCGACACAGGGAGGGAGUGUCGCCGCGGCUGGCUCCGCGCCCUCACUGCACUGCAUUUCGCAAGAAGCUCCACGGAGAAGCGGGCCCAUGAGGCUGGAAACUAGUCUCCCCGGCCCGAGCUCCAGCUCCCGCCCGGUGGCCUCCUGGCCCUUGACCCACUGGCUGGAGCGGAAAGAGAAUGGGGCGGAAGCAACGGUCCACGCGACACAUCCCUUCCGGCGGAGCGAGCGUCCCACUCGUGACGGGGCCAGGCGCCGUCUCCGCUCGUCAGGCUAGCCUUGGCUUCCCCAUCUUGCCGCUUAGGAGCCAGAGGCACAGAAAAAAGUGAAAAAAAAGCAGAGACGGAGGAAUGCACAGAGAAUCAAGUCUCAGAGCCCCGAGCUUCACCUGGGAGUUUGAGCACGGAGCAUUUGGCGUAGCUGCCGUCUGAUUGGGCAGCCUGAGAAGUCUUCACGUUCAUUGGCCAGCCUCAAUUGACGAAUGGCUUUGUGGGGAGUGUAGUUCCAAAUACUUGCCGGGACGCAUGCGCGGCGUAGUUCCCCGGCGAGCUGCGCGCGGACUUCCGGCACCAGAACCUGGCGGCGGAACUGGGAACGCCUGGGCAGCCGUGGGAGGGGGCGGGGACCGGCUAAGCUGUUUAGUGCCGGGCUCAGGUGGCGGGGGCCGGCGCCCUGAGGUGGAGGCCGGAGGGGGCGCGCACCUCUUGGUAGUGCCGGGUCCCCCCAGCACCCCUUUGCCGGCUAGAUCCCUGGGCAGACACCUCUGCGUGACGCCGCUCCCUCAGCCCCGCGCAGGCGAGGCUGCUGGGGACAGCGCGGGGCUCCGGCCGGGUCAGCGUUCCCGCCUGCCGCGUCCUGCCGAGCGACCCUGGAGUGCACAUCCAAAUGCCAGCCCAGCCGCCAGAGGGGAUCCCUCUGGGAGACUGAAAGGACAAGCUCUGGGGCCCAGGUUGAGGCCCACCAACCCUGAGCCUUGGGCCAGGGGAAUGGCAGCCCCCCUGGAGCCCCAGGACCAGACCCCUGGGGAGGGAGAAGGGCUUCUGAUCGUGAAGGUGGAGGAUUCCUCCUGGGAGCAGGAAUCUGCCCAGCAAGAUGACAGCAGGGAUUCCGAGGCCUGCCGCCAGCGCUUUCGGCAGUUCUGCUACGGGGAUGUGCAUGGGCCUCAUGAGGCUUUCAGCCAGCUCUGGGAGCUCUGCUGGCGCUGGCUGCGGCCGGAGCUGCACACCAAGGAGCAGAUCCUAGAGCUGCUGGUGCUGGAGCAGUUCCUGACGGUGCUGCCCGGGGAUAUACAGGGCUGGGUGCGAGAGCAGCACCCAAGGAGUGGCGAGGAAGCUGUAGCCUUGGUGGAGGACCUACAGAAGCAGCCAGCGAAAUCCUGGCCGCAGGAUGUGCCCUCAGAGAAGGUGGAACCUGAGGCUGCAGUUCAGCAAUCUGUUGCGGGGACACGGAGCCGGCCACCUGUACCCCAGGAGCAGCACAGCCUUGGUGCCCAGCUGCCUACUCUUCAUAAAGAGGGUCACGCCAGAGAGACGACGGAUACCUGCUUUGCCUCUGGGGUCCACGGACCUGUGGCAUUGGGAGACAUCCCAUUCUAUUUCUCCCGGGAAGAAUGGGGCACCCUAGAUCCUGCUCAGAGGGAUCUCUUCUGGGACAUAAAGCGGGAGAACUCUCGGAACACUGCCCAGGGUUUGGGGCUCAAAAGCCACAGUGAGAGGUCCCGGCUGGAGGAGGUGGUGACCGCGCCGCCGGGCCAGGCGGGUGGCAACGUGACUGUGUCCUGGAGCCGCGAGGAGGCCGAGGCCUGGGAGAGCGAGAACCGGCCCAGGGCGACCCUGGGCCGAACGGUGGGCGCGCGCCGGGGGCGGCCGCCCACGCGUCGGCGCCAGUUCCGGGACCUGGCGGCCGAGAAGCCGCACAGCUGCGGGCAGUGCGGGAAGCGCUUCCGCUGGGGCUCGGACCUGGCGCGGCACCAGCGCACGCACACGGGCGAGAAGCCGCACAAGUGUCCGGAGUGCGACAAGAGCUUCCGCAGCUCCUCGGACCUGGUGCGCCACCAGGGCGUGCACACGGGCGAGAAGCCCUUCUCCUGCUCCCAGUGCGGCAAGAGCUUCAGCCGCAGCGCCUACCUGGCCGACCACCAGCGCAUCCACACGGGCGAGAAGCCCUUCGGCUGCAGCGACUGCGGCAAGAGCUUCUCGCUGCGCUCCUACCUGCUGGACCACCGGCGCGUGCACACCGGCGAGCGGCCCUUCGGCUGCGGCGAGUGCGACAAGAGCUUCAAGCAGCGCGCCCACCUCAUCGCCCACCAGAGCCUGCACGCCAAGAUGGCCCAGCCCGUGGGCUGAGCGGCCAAGCGGCACCUGAGGCCGCCCAGGAGGGCGGGUGUUCCCUGUGCGGUCUGGCAGCGGCACAUUCUCCUUUGUGCACUUCCGGGAGGG